ACAUGAAUAAUGGUACCAAAAAAUUGUAAACAUAAAAAUUAUUCUUUUGAAAAUGUUUCUUUAGUGAUGAUAAACAUGAAUAAUUGUACCAAGAAAGUGGUAAAUAUAUAAAUUUCCCAUGUAUAAUGCCAUAAUUUACCAAGUUGAAAAGAAAAAUAAGCGACACACCCUGAAAAUUUAUCCAACAUUGUAAAUAACGGGACAUAACUACAAGGAAUCCUAAAUACUAGUACAUCGGGGAGAGUAUAAUUAGAAAACAUCAUCACCCACUUCUUGUUUUCUUCGUCUCUUGACAAAUAAAAAGCAUAGAAGAAAUGGGUGAAGCAAACGGCCACUUACUGUUUUUCCCAUAUCCACUACAAGGACACAUUAAUCCAAUGAUGCAACUCUCCAAACGCUUAUCCAAAUUGGGACUCACCGUCUCACUCCUCAUUGCCUCCAACACCCACCGUGAACCUUACACCUCCGACGAUUACUCCAUCACCGUCCAUACCAUCCACGACGGUUUCCUUCCACAUGAACACCCUCUCACCAAGAUCAAAGAUCCUCUACGUUUCAACGUCUCUACCACUCGUAGUCUCACCGAUUUCAUCUCUAGGGAGAAGUUAAAGAGCAAUCCUCCAAAAGCUCUGAUCUAUGAUCCCUUCAUGCCCUUUGCACUGGACGUAGCCAAGGAGUUGGAUCUAUACGUAGUAGCCUACUCCACUCAACCAUGGCUGGCUAGUCUUGUUUACUACCACAUCAACGAAGGCACCUACGACGUCCCCGAUGAUAGACACGAGAACCCGACGCUUGCAUCGUUUCCGGCCUUCCCAUUGUUAAGCCAAAAUGAUCUUCCUUCUUUCGCACGCGAGAAGGGGUCUUACCCUCUAUUAUUCGAACUUGUGGUUAACCAGUUCUCUAACUUAUGGCGAGCUGAUUUGAUUCUCUGCAACACUUUUGAUCAACUUGAACCCAAGGUAGUGAAAUGGAUGAGUGAUCAGUGGCUGGUGAAGAACAUUGGACCUAUGGUUCCCUCCAAGUUCUUGGAUAACCGGUUGCCGGAAGACAAAGACUACGACCUUGGAGACUUCAAGACUGAGCCGGAUGAGUCUGUUUUGAGGUGGCUAGCGAGUAAACCAGCCAAGUCGGUGGUUUACGUAGCGUUUGGGACACUGGCGGCUUUGAGUGAGAAGCAGAUGAAGGAAACCGCAAUGGCGAUUAGACAAACCGGAUACAACUUCUUGUGGUCUGUCCGAGAUUCGGAGAGAAGCAAGUUACCGUCUGGUUUUGUGGAAGAAGCUUUGGAGAAAGACUAUGGAUUGGUGGCUAAGUGGGUUCCUCAGCUAGAGGUUUUAUCACAUGACUCAACUGGAUGUUUCGUGACGCACUGUGGAUGGAACUCGACUUUGGAGGCGUUGUGCUUAGGGGUUCCUUUGGUGGGGAUGCCUCAGUGGACGGAUCAGCCAACGAACGCUAAGUUCAUAGAAGAUGUGUGGAAGAUUGGGGUUAGAGUGAAGGCUCAUGAAGAAGGGUUUGUGAGUAAGGAAGAGAUUGCGAGAUGCAUUGUUGAGGUUAUGGAUGGAGAGAAAGGGAAAGAGAUGAGGAAGAAUGUGGAGAAGUUAAAGGUGUUGGCUCGUGAGGCUAUCUCUGAAGGAGGUACUUCCGACAAGAACAUUGAUGAGUUUGUUGCUCUUUGGACUUGAGAAUCAGACUCUUGGUAUAUGAAUUAUGUGUAGUUAAAAGAAGACCUUCGACUUUGAGACAACAAGAAUGAAGAGCUUUGGUGCUACUUACAUGAAUAUGAUACAUUAUAAUUUUCGUAAAUGCUCAGUUCUGUGCAUUAGAGAAGUCUAUAUAUAGCUCAAUGAAGUACUUUCCAACGUAAUACAUUUUCUUACACAACAAGACAUGGACAUUUGGGAGAGGGCGCGCCGUUUCUUUUUGUAUUCUUUGUACCGUUUCUAUUGCACUCGAAUUGCUGAGUUCUUUUUGUUUCUUAGUUAAACCUCUCGCGCUUCUCUCUACUA